AUGAUAUUGCUACAGGUUUCUAUUAUACAGCCAGUCUCUGGUUGUGGCCUUGCUAUACUCGCAGUUUUCUCCCAUUUUUAUCUUAAGGAGGUCAUGAAUGCACUAGAUUGGAUUGGUAUUGUGUUGGCUGGCAUUGGCACAAUAGGAGUUGGUGUUGGAGGGGAGGAGCAAAGUCUCCCAACCCUAUCUCUUCUACGUUUAGCUUGGCUGGUUCUCUCUUUUUCAAUCUUAUUUGUUCUACUAAAUGCUUGGCUUCACAUAUACAAAAGCAAACGGAAAGAUCAGGAACUUAUGAACUAUGAAGUUGUUGAGGAAAUUAUAUCUGGCUUGGAAUCAGGCAUUUUAUUUGGGUGAUGCAUUUUCUUUUGUUUUCUUUCUGUAAUAUCAAAGUUGGGCUUUGUUUUCUCUGAGCAGGGAUAUUCUAUGAUGUUUGUUCCAAUAUGCAUAUUAAUUAGCAUAUGUUGCAGUGCCGUUUUGGAUUUUUUUUGUUGUGGCUGCGGACAGACUCGAGGACUGAAACACGGGAGGGCUAUUGUGGUUUCCACAUGCACUGCAGUUGCCUCCAUUGUGAGUGGUGUCCUUGCUGGUAUGUUUGCGCUUGGUGAAAGCCUUCCUUCUGCUCCAGUUGCCCGGCUUUCUUUGUUGCUUGGAUGGCUCUUCGUCAUAUCUGGAAUCAUUCUUCUGUUUUGCUCUGCACGAGUAAUGUCGCUUCUUCCAAGGCCUCUUCGGCGCCUUCUAAGGAGCAGCAAGGAGAGGAACCACAACCUUAAGCGCUCCCCUUCUACUCGACAGAAGGAUUCAAGUCCUAGUGCAGUGAUCCAUGCCUCAAAUUUGCACCAUUUAAUGGCAUCUUCAGCUCUUAAAGAGAAACCCUGAAGGAGAAACAGGAAAUAUUACUAUUCUUCAUUUCCGAACAAAUUUACCUUUCUUCUUAUAGUAUUCGUGACCCCCCUCCCUUCAUCACUGAGUUGUGUACACUCGGAACAUUCAUCCGUUAGUGAUGGUAAAAUGCAUUGGAGAGAUGCUUUAAUGCGGUUAAUGUUAAUGAUAGUUAUUUACUCGAAAUCAAGUGGCAUUAUCAACAGUUAGCAGAUAUGAAAUGUCAGAUUUUAGUCAAUGAACAAAUAAUUUAAGGG